AGGGCACGUGGAACAGGAAAAACACUUGCUAGCAGCUACUCAGCUAGUUAACUAACAAAAUGUUGCCUAACAUAAAAUCAUUGAGAAUGUUGCUUAACAUGCGAUUAAAAGCGGCUGUCGAUGAGCUAUUCGGAGCCGUUGAAACAACGAUAGCAGAGUACCAGCAAGAAUUAUGCCGUUCAAAAGAGGAGAAAGACCGAACGAUAGCAGAGUACCAGGAAAAAGUGUCCCGUUCAGAAGAAGAGAACGCCCGGCUACAGAGGCUGCUGGAUGUCGUUCUUAAACCAGAAAUAAAGUUACAGAGACUAGAAGACCUCCAGCAGCUCACUCUCUCCAUCUCUGAAGAGGAGGUUCCCCUUGAGCAGCAGCACUGCAAGCAGGAGUGUAGUCCCGGUCUGGGGCAAGAGGACCCUUCCCAGAUUAAAGAGGAACAGGAGGAACUAUGGGUCAUCAGUCAGGGACGAGAGCAGCUUCAAGCGAUCGAUUAUGAUACUGAUGAUACUGAUGAUUCUGCUGAUACAGAAACCUUCAUAUCUACUGCCAGUGUAAAAUGUGACUAUAAUCAGAACCCAAGUCAGUCCUCACAUCUUUACCAAAUUAUAACCCAAUGUGAAGAAAACACAGAGAGGGAUGAGCUACCCAGCACCACAAGGCAAAUUGAACAGAUUAAAAUGGAGUUCUUCAGUAACAGUGACUCUCAACCCCCGUCUGCAGUCAAUUCAGACUGGUCGGAAACUCAGGGUGAGAGUGUUGAUCGGAUGGAGAGUGAAGGACCUCCACUCAAGUCAAGGAGAACACAGACUAAAGCUGGACCAAGCUUCCAUGUCUGUUGUCCCAUCUGAAAUCCCCUAUCUCCAGUAAUGCUGUUCGUCAUUGUAGAAUAUGUGCAAAACCUUAUCACUGUGACGUCUCUAGUGAUUCAUGCCCAUAGACAUACACAGCUAUCUCGGUGUGGUAUCUGCGAAAGAACCGUUGAGUCUGUAGAAAGUUUGAAAGAACAUCUACAUUUUCACGUUGCAAGUACAGGAUCACUUUCUUGUUACAUCUGUGGUAUAUGUUUCACAGAGGAUGAGGAGGUUUUGCUGGAAGUGCAUAUGAGCAAUCACAAACUGAAACUGGAUCGCUGUCUUGUGUGUAAGAAAUGUUUAGAAACUCGCCAGGGUCUGACAUUGCAUAUCAGGACUUGAUCAGGAUUGAAAAUUGAGAGCCCCGACCUGGGCCUAUGACCUGCAGCCUGAGCCUGUCCAUAUUAUGCCUUUACAAGCAGUCUUUUUUUAUUUUGAAAUUGUAAAAACAAUGUGAACGUGAGGGAGGAGUAGCCUAUAUUGUCGUAAUCAAACUUCAUUAAAACACUACAGCAGUUUUUGCUGAAGAAAUCCCUCUGAUAAAAUGCUCCAGUUCCAUAUCCUAGUAAAGGAAGGCUGAGUAAGAGCCAUGCGGGUCUGCUGAAGGUCUGUGUAUACUGAAAUGCAUUUUUAAAACUAUUGAAUGGAGAGUGUCACGAGUCGCCUUCUAAUGCAUAGUUGCCAUAUGUACUCAAAAGGAUGGUUUCUCAGACAGAUUAAGCCUAAUCCUGGACUAAAAAGCACUUUCAAUGGAUAUUAAUCUCUAAUUGAAUAGGAAAAAUUAUAACCACAAAUAGGUGCUGUGGCAUAAAAAACUCAAAAGGCCAGACACUUUGAAAGUUAAAAGCCUUCAACGUGGGCUAAAACAUUAAAGUACACCAACGCGUAUUGGCUUAGGCCUUCAUCAGGGUGUCCUUAGCACCUAGUUGUGGUUAACUUUUGCAUUACCAUUCCUCUGCAAGAGCAGUUGUGGUUGUUUUGGAAUAUGCUCCUGAUACUUUUUCUUGGAGAUGAAUCUGUCUGAGAAACCAUUCCAACAUUUAUCAUGAAGGGCUAGAGAAAAGGUAGCUCACUUACUUGAUCACCACACAAACCACAGCCAACACAACCACCAUGAGAACCAGCAGAGCUGCCACCGCACUCAGAAUGCUGGUCAGAAGCAGGUCUUAGGAACAGGAACACACACACAGGUCAGUAUUCACUGAUAUCCCAUUAUCAACCCACUCACUUAACAUAAUGUUUCAAAUCCAGAGGCUGAUAACACUUAAUAUACAAAACAUUAGGGACACUCUUUCCAUGACAUAGACUGAUCAGGUGAAUUCUGGUGACAGCUGUGAUCCCUUAUUGAUGUCACUUGUUAAAUCCACUUCAAUCAGUGUAGAUGAAGGGGACAAGACAGGUUAAACAAGGAUUUUUAAGCCUUAGGCAAGAACAGGGUAUAGUAGUAGGUGCCAGGCACAUCGGUUUGUGUCAAGAACUGCAACUCUGCUGAGUUUUUUAAGCUCAACAAUUUCCCAUGGUUAUCAAGAAUGGUCUACCACCCAAAGGACAUCCAGCCAACUUGACUCAACCAGGGCCGGUCCUUGCCGUUCUGCCUCCUGUCGUAGAAUUACAACAUUAUGUUAAUCACAUUACUUUUAUAUUAGAAUGUAUCCCUAUAUUAGUACAUUCAGACUGUCUGUUAUAUCUAAUAGGCAACAGAAUAGUGUUCUUAGAACUCUAUGUCCAUGUGUCUGAGAGGAGCCGCUGAGAUUUUACCGCUGACAGUAGAUCUACGAUGGCUUGGUGAUAAGACAUUCCAUUCCAUGAUUAGUGUCUGUGUGCAUGUCUGUCGGUGCCAGGGAGACCCUAUAACCUUUUUCUCUCCCAUAUGGCAGAUGAACACUGAACUUAAUAAUUUGAGGGAAUGACCUAGUGUCUAUGUUACAUUAGUAUUUCUGUAUAAACAAGCAGUAAACAACCUUGAGACAGAAACCUGUUGCGCUGUAAUCGUGAUGUCUGUUGCAUGAGAGCACAAUGUACCUUUGUAUAAAUUCUCUCAUCUGUGAUUUGUCAUGAACAUCCAGGUGGAUGGACUUUGCUAUAAAAUGCUGUGGUUUAGUCCCGCUGGUUGAGUUCUCAGGGAUCACCUCCAGGGUGGUUACUGACCAACUCCAUUACUGCACUAAUUUAAUAAUAAAGUUACAUUGGUUUGAAGAAAUCUAAAA